GUAACGGAGACUAUAUGAUAAGCCUACUCAUUGCCUGUAAUUGUGCAUUCCUUGAAAAUCAUUCAAACAGAUAAAAUCUACGCAAAAGUUACACUAGCAGUGCAUCGAAAGUAUAAAAUUUCACUUAAAGGGAAAAUAAAUCUUUUUUUUUUCUUAAAAAAAAAAAAAAAAAAUUUUUUUUCCAAAAUGUCAUUAUCUCAAGAUCUACCUGAAACAUUAGAAAUAGAAAUCAAAUGUUUUGCGAAAGAAAAAAAUAUUUUAAAUCCAAAAUUUUAUUUUUCAAAUGCAAGUAAGGAUGGUGAUAAUUUUUUGGGUUGUUUAUAUCGUGUUAGAAUUGAAAGUGAAGAAAAUGGUGAAACAACAGAAAUGAAUUUAAUUUUUAAAUGUCUUCCAAUUAGUGGUGAAAUGAGACAUUUAUUGAGAACGGAAAAUCUUUUUUUAAGUGAAAUUACAUUUUAUGAAUUAAGAUUUCCAAUGUUUGUGAAGUUACUCGAAAAAUAUGAAAUGACAAUGACGGAAGUGCCAAGAUAUUAUGGUUGUCGUAAUUCUCCAGGAAAUAAGAUUAUAAUUAUGGAAGAUUUAAAUUCCAAAGGAUACAUGAUGAAAGAAUCGAAAUUAUUGGAUUAUUCUCAUGCAACAAUGGCAAUUCGUUUACUUGGUAAAUUUCAUGCUUGUAGUUUUGCACUUCGUGAUAAGAGGCCUGAGGAAUUUGAACAUUUGAGGAAAAUUGAAGAACCACUAUUUCCCGCUCCCGAACAACUUUCUGAUCAUUUUGAUGCACUUGUGGAUGUUGCACUUGAGUCAAUUAAAGAUGAAGAUGAAUAUUACAAAGAGAGUGUCAGGGCACUUAAAAAAAAUAUAACACAAUUAAUUAACGAUGCGUGUGAUGGCAGAAAUUCUGAACCUUAUGCCACUCUUAAUCAUGGUGAUAUGUGGACAAAUAAUAUGUUAUUUAAAUACAAUGAGAACCACGAACCUGUUGACAUUCGUCUAUUGGAUUAUCAACUCUGUCGCUAUGGUUCACCAUCUUUAGAUUUAAUGUACAUGUUAAUGACAUGUUGCACUCCGGAAAUGAGAAGAAAACAUUGCAGCCAAUUGUUAAAUGAUUAUUAUGAUUCUUUAUCUAAUUGUUUAAAAAAAAUGGAUUGUGAUGUUAAAAAAUUAUUUCCAUUUAAUGUGCUUAUUGAACAUUUACAAAAAUAUGGUGCUUUUUGUACUGUUCUUUCACUUGUUGAUAUUCAUCUUAUCGCUCAACAAGAAGGAGAAGAUAUUCAACCUCUUACUAAUAUUGAAUAUAUAAAAAGUUUGACAAAUCGUUUAAAAACGAACAAAUUAUAUUAUAACAUGAUGAAAUCUGUCGUAAAAGAUAUGGUGGACAAGAAUUUUAUAUGUCAUAUUAAUUAGUUAUUAAUUUUAUAUAUAUAUAUAUAGUUCGAGUAUCAACAUAAUUAUAUUUAUUUAUUUAUUAUUCAUUUUUUACAGGUUGUUGAUGUUUUUAUUAUACAAUAUUAUUGCAAUAUUGAAAUUUU